AGCUUCCUGAUCAAACGAGACCUCAGAGAGGCACAAAGGAACAGAGCGUUGGUUAGCCAGAAUGGUGGAAGCGGUGAGGCCUUACCGGAGGAGAGGCGCCGCCAACGACACGGGGAUGCGCGGCGCUCCGGAGGAGGUGCAGAUGGGGGAGACAUUCAUCUUCUCUGAAACCAUCAAGGAUCUCAAGACGCUGCGGUCGCAGCUGUAUUCUGCAGCCGAGUAUUUCGAACUAGCCUACAUGCAGGAAGACGGAAAGCAGGCGGUAGUGAGUAACCUUAAGGAGUACGCUGUGAAGGCCCUCGUCAACACGGUAGAUCACCUAGGAUCCAUAUCCUUCAAAGUCUCCAGCCUUGUCGGUCAAAGGUUCGAUGAGGUGACCGAAGCCAAUCUUCGGGUCUCCUCCAUCCAGCAGAGAACUCAAACGAGCCAAGCAAGCAUGAACAGAGAAGGCCUGACGCAGCAAUCUUUGGUAAUCACCGCCCCAAAGUACCACAAGAGGUACAUCUUACCAGCAGGAAACAAUUCAAUUCCCAAUGCUGUGCCCAACUUCAGCGAGAUGAAUAAGGUCAAGAACAGGACUGCACAGAUGCAUCCGGCCUUCAGUGCCACAUCCGCAGCUCAAACAAAAAGUAAAGACAAGCAAGCUUCAUUCAGCAAGCUCCGGUCGAUUGCCCGUGCACCGUCCCAGCGUGCACGUUCAUCCUCUCCAGCACAGCAUACACGCUUCGUGCCACCUUCUGAUACUGCAAUACCCACAAAAAGAGAUAAAAGAUCAGAUUCACCAAUUUUCUCGACAACUCCACUCACAAGGUCCGGGUCACUCUCAAAGAAGCCAUCCUUGCUCAAGACAUCAAGUGUCAGGGUCCAGAUGCAGACAACUUCAGAUCCCAAGAGACUGGCACCGCUGCGGUCAUAUGCUGACAGAUACAGCGAUGAUCCCAAGGAAAGCGACCAGACCCCAAAGAAGAGCAAGAAGUUCCUCAAGUCGCUGCUCAGUAGGCGCAAGUCAAAGAAAGAAGAACCACUGCCCUGCUACUUCGAUGACUACUGACUCCUGACACCAGAUGGCACCAAAGUUUCUGAAAACUUCUGCUCUUCAGUCUUUCCAUGGCAAAGUGCGACCGGCCCUUGAUAUAAAGAUCUUCAUUGUAUAUAGCAACAUAAUUACAGGUCAUUAAUGUUAAUAAUACAUGCGCAAGACAGGGAGUUCCGGGAAGAUGUCCCCAUUCCCCUCAGCUGGUUCCCCACUUUUUGUUGUAUGGCAUGCAUCAUGAGUUAGCCUUUUUGUUCACUCCCCUGAUGAUCUCGGCAAUCAGCAGUACACAGAAACCUGGAAUAUGUAACGCUGAGCAGCAAUCAUGAAGUAGCGCUUCAACAAUCUGAUCCUAGUGUUCAAGUAUUUUGUCGUCACUUUGGUGUAUGUACCAUGGAGUAUAAUGCUGCCAACCGCAUGGCAGCUCUCCUCUGCAGUAAAUUACUUCACCUGAAA